GUAUUUUUUGCUGUCCCCCCCCGGCAUGGCCCCGCUGUGGUGGCUGCUGGGCUCGCUGGUGGCCGCGGUGGCGGGGGGGGGGUCGGUGGAGCAGCCCCCCGCCUCCGAGCCCGCCUGCCCCGUGUGCCUGUGGCGGCGGCAGAGCAAAGAGCUGCGGCUGGAGAGCAUCAAGUCGCAGAUCCUGAGCAAGCUGCGGCUGAAGGAAGCGCCCAACAUCACCCGGGAGGUGGUGAAGCAGCUGCUGCCCAAGGCCCCCCCGCUCCAGCAGCUCCUGGACCUCCACGACUUCCAGGGGGACUCGCUGCAGCACGACGAGUACCUGGAGGAGGACGAGUACCACGCCACCACCGAGACCGUCAUCAGCAUGGCCCAGGAAACGGACCCGGCGGUGCAGAUCGAGGGCAACCCGCACUGCUGCUUCUUCAACUUCAGCCCCAAGAUCAUGUUCACCAAGGUGGUGAAGGCGCAGCUCUGGGUGUACCUGCGGCCGGUGCAGCACACCUCCACCGUGUACCUGCAGAUCCUGCGCCUCAAGCCCGUCACGGACGAGGGCAGCCGCCACAUCCGCAUCCGCUCGCUCAAGAUCGAGCUCAACUCGCGCUCCGGCCACUGGCAGAGCAUCGACUUCAAGCACGUCCUGCAGAACUGGUUCAAGCAGCCCCACAACAAUUGGGGCAUCGAGAUCAACGCCUUCGACCCCAACGGCAACGACCUGGCUGUCACCUCGCUGGGGCCCGGCGCUGAGGGGCUGCACCCCUUCAUGGAGCUGCGCGUCCUGGAGAACAACAAGCGCUCCCGGCGGAACCUGGGGCUGGACUGCGACGAGCACUCCACGGAGUCGCGCUGCUGCCGCUACCCGCUCACCGUGGACUUCGAGGCGUUCGGCUGGGACUGGAUCAUCGCCCCCAAGCGCUACAAGGCCAACUACUGCUCGGGCCAGUGCGAGUACAUGUUCAUGCAGAAGUACCCGCACACGCACCUGGUGCAGCAGGCCAACCCGCGCGGCUCGGCCGGGCCCUGCUGCACGCCCACCAAGAUGUCCCCCAUCAACAUGCUCUACUUCAACGACAAGCAGCAGAUCAUCUACGGCAAGAUCCCCGGCAUGGUGGUGGAUCGCUGCGGCUGCUCCUAGAGCCGCGCUGCCUCCCCGCUGCCCCUCCGAGCGAGCCCCCGCUGCCCCCCGCGGGCUCCUCAGCAUUUUUUCCGCUCUUUUUUUUUUUUUUUUUUUUUCCUUUUUUU